UUUUUAAUCUAAUAUUAAAAUAAGUACCUGCAGUCAGUCCACCCCUCAACUAAAAUUAAAUUACCAUCGAGAAUAUCAAUGAUUUUUCAUUGAUUUUUUAUUGACGUUUCAAAUGUUUUAUUUUGUCUCAGGCUAACAAGAAACAAAACAUUAAUUAAUGAAUAAUUAAAAUCAAACAUUAUGUAAACAUCUGAAAAAAGUAUUUGUGCAUCUGUAUAAUGUAAAAAAACUUCACAAAAUUAACACUUAUACCAUAAAGUUAGACAUUACGAAACAACAUUUUACACUUUUAUUCAACAUGCAUCUCAACAACUAUGCGGCAGAUCCAUCGACAAGUCAAUGUAAAAUUAUUUUCUUCAUAUCUCCACAUGGGAAGAAAUUUAAAAAUGGUCGAUAAUAUAAAACCAUCAUGUCAAGGAUAUAGAACAUGUCAUUUGAAGUUACAUACUAUGGUGUGCCAUAGGAUGAAACUCUAUCCUGUUCUACAUAUUCACUAUAAUGUUGAAGAAGAAGAUGGUUUUGAAAUGGUACUGGUGAGAGCGCCACCAGGUGCAGCUGAAUCAACUGCUCCAGGACAAAUAGAGUGGGAAAAAACUGUUGGGUCUCAGGUCACUGCUGGAGAAGUUGUUUGCAGGAUCAGAUUUAAGGAGGAAAGAUCCUUAGACAUUAAAACACCAGUGACAGGAAUAGUCGCUGUUAGAAGAAAAAAUGAAGGUGAUACUGUUGCCCAUGGAGAUGAAUUGUUCAAAAUCAGGCUUGAUGUUUCAGCAAGAGUAAACACGAAAAAAAAGAGGAAAAAGAAUAAGACAAAAGAUUAUUAUGAAGAAGAGGAAGAAAUCGUCGGAAGAUCAGGCUCACUCGUUAAAUCUGGUUUGAAAAGUUCCUUUCUUGGCUCCAGGACUUCGGAGUCCGGAGGUGUGGAUCCCUACAAGCCCGAUACGCCAAGCAUAGAGGUACAAAAAAUACAAUCUUCAACACCGGAAAUACAGAAAACGAUUGCAACAGGAAACAACAUGGACCCCUACAAACGAGACACUGCCCCGUUCCAAUCAGGAAUGGGUCUGAUUCCUAAUGCUUGUUCCAAAACUGUAGUGUAUCCCAUUUCCCAGCUUAUGACAACCAUUAAUGAAGUAAAUAUGCAAGAUACGAUUGAGUUCAUUAACAAAUAUUCUGGGGUCUAUGAAGUGCAAUAUGGAAAUAAACCUUGCCUGAGGAGUAUUUAUAUCAAAACUGCAGCUCAUGCUCUCAAACUUAACAAACAGUUAAACAUCAAACUGGUCAACGAUGAACGAGUGGAAUCAAAAGAAUUAGAAAUCACCGUUGCUAUCCGACAUCUAAAAGUGUUAGUGUUUCAUACAGUGAAAAAUGUUGAAAAAAUGUCUUAUGUAGAUAUUACAAGACUUAUUGUGGAGAUCGAGAAACAGAUCGCAGCGGGUACGUACAAGUCUCAUAAAGGUGAAAGAGGAUUUACUAUUUCACCUGAGUGGGAGAUUGGUUCUAUUGUAGGAACUCCAACCCACUCCAAAACAUGCACGCUCGGGAUACACAGUAUUGUUAAGAGGCCCAUCUUUGAAGAGAACAGGAUUGUCGCAUAUCCUAUGAUGUAUGUAUCUUUAACAUAUGACAAGAAAUUUAUAGAUGACGAAAAUGCCAUCGAAUACCUCAAAAAAUUCAAGGAAUCAAUGGAAGAUCCUAGACAUAUUCUUGUUCACAGCUCUUGACUUGAAAGGUUAGAUUUGAAGAAAAAAAAAAAAAAGUGUUUGUCUGCAUUUUGUAUCAAUCAAUCAUUAUACAUAUUUAUUUCUCAAGUUUCCCGAUCAUUUAGUGUU